CAUGCUGCUGCCAUGGCGACCGUCGAGUAACAACAACUUGGGCUCGACUGUUCAUUUAUCCCCGUAAACUCGUUACCGGUACAGAAUAUGGAAGGUUCGGUACUUUUACCAGUGGAGGCAGAGGCUUUUGUCGAAGGUUUAGAGAUACUUUCUCUCAAAGACGUGGGAUCGACGAGGUGGUUCAGACAACAUGAGCACAUUGAAAAACUCAACAUGCAAGCAAUACUGAGUGCUUCUGCCAUGCAUGACGAGUUCAUCAAAGACAUGCUGGUGACUUUUGCAAAGAUUCCAGUCCUGGUCCAUGAGAUGAUCCUGACUGAAGUAUGGAAGCACAGAAUAUUCCCUAUCUUAUGCCAACUGCAGGAUUUCACCCCCAAGAACACAUUUCCUCUUUACAUGGUGAUCCACUAUGAAGCCACCAUCAUUAACCUGCUAGAGACCAUCCUGUUUCAUAAGGAAUCUUGCGAGGCCGCUGAUGACGCCAUUCUCGACCUGGUGGAUUACUGCCACCGCAAGCUCAUCCCCCUGGCCGCCAACACCAGCAAAGAUGGCAACGAAACUCGUAAGACGCACAACAACGCGUCCGGCGAGGCGCUUCUGUGUUCCAAAGAGGAGUUGCAGAUUCAGGCUGCUGAGCUCGAGUUUGACAUCUCGUUGAAGGCUCUGUCUGUGCUGCGAUACAUCACUGACAACACUGACAGUAUCAGUGCCCUAAACCGCAUGCUGUGCACACACAACGUGCCGUGUCUACUGGUGCGCCUGUUGGAGAUUUGUCCAUGGAGUCGCUGCAGAUCAGGUGAGGUAGAAAAGUACAUGAACGGGAAAUGGGAGACAAUUCCAGUGGAAGACCGAGUGAAGAUGACAAAAGUGGAAGGACAGGUGUGGCUUUCACUUUACAAUCUGUUGCUGAAGGAAGACUGCCAAAGAAAAUAUGACUUCAACACUUUUAAUAAGAGUCAGCUUUUGAAGCUGCGCAGCUUCCUGACAGAAGUGUUGGUUGACCAACUUCCAAACUUGGUGGAGCUUCAGCGCUUCUUGGCUCAUCUUGCAGUGACAGAAGCUGAACCUCCAAAGAAGAGUUUUCUUCUAGAACAGGUGCCUGAAAUGUGGAACCGUAUCGUGAAGGAAAAUGCUGGCAAGUGGAAGGCAAUAGCCAAGUAUCAAGUCAAGGAAACGUUCAGCGCUUCUGAAGAGGACCUGAGACACCAAGCUCGGAGGCUGGCUCAGACGUACAAUCUGGACGUAAUGGAGAGUCUACUCCCUGACAAGCCGAAGUGUGGAUGCUGCGGAAAAGCGGCGGCCAAGAGAUGCUCUCGAUGUCAAGAGGAGUGGUACUGUCACAGAGAAUGUCAGGUGAAGCAGUGGCCCAAACACAAGAAGGCCUGCCAGGUCAUGGUCGAGGCCAACAAGAGGAUCCAGACAGACUUGUGCAAUAACAACAACCAGAAAGCCCAGACCUAAAUCCAACUGCUCAAGAACCCUGCUCAUUUGUUCACAUUUUCACAAGUACCAUAAUUACUUUAAUAAACCAGUCUUUACAUUGA